AUGGCUGAUUCUGAGCUAUCACCCAAGUUCGCGCCAUUCAUUGGCAUGGGCGGAAUCGCAGCAGCCAUGAUAUUCGGGUGUGCAGGAGCCGCGUACGGCACAGCCAAGUCUGGUAUCGGUAUUGCUGGCGUGGGAACAUUUAGGCCAGACUUGAUCAUGAAGUGCCUCAUUCCCGUCGUCAUGUCCGGUAUCAUCGCUGUUUACUCCCUCGUCAUUUCCGUCCUGAUCGCCCAGGAUCUCGACCCGAAAUCAAACUACAGCUUGUUCAGCGGCUUUAUGCAUCUCGCGUGCGGCAUAUCUGUUGGCAUGACGGGUCUCGCCGCUGGUUACUGCAUUGGUGUGGUGGGCGACAAGGGAGUGCGGGCCUACAUGUCCCAAAGCCGCAUCUUCGUUGGCAUGGUUCUGAUCCUCAUUUUCGGGGAGGUUCUGGGUCUUUAUGGACUUAUCGUCGCCUUGAUCCUCAACACCAAGAGCAAGGGUUAA